GACUUCGCGAAUCGAUGUCUAUCGAACCUAUCGCUGCGCGGCAUGUGCAACACUGCGUUUUCUGCUGCCCCCUUUUGGCUGUUGUUUCGUGUGUUGACCAAUAAAUUUUUCGUAUAUUUUUUCAACUUUUCAAUUACCGAACCGCAAUUGCCGCCAAAUUAGAUUGUCGAUAGCCAACCGAGCGAAUAACCAGCGAGUUUUUGGCCAAGUCACGCGAGGAUCAGGAGCAGCGGAAGCAGGAGCAGGAUCUCGACCAGAUCGCCAGGAAGCGACAUUUCCAUUGGAGCGGUUCAAGUGAAAGCGAGAGAGCUACACAGCCGGAGAGAACGAGAUAGAGACACGGAAAGAGAGUACGAACGAGUGAAAUCCUUUCCAGAAAUCCAGGAAUUCAAGCAUCCAAGCAGCUGCUUCGCAAAAUCAUCUGUUUUUCGUUUGAGCAACGUUGUUUAAGCAAGCGGCUUGAAAACAAUCAGUAUCCCAAAAUUUAGUUCUAGAUCCGUAUCCAUAUCCACAUAGCUUGUGGGUGCACUUUUCCAGUUGGCCAAUCUCAACCAGCAAUUAAAAAUGGCCGCUGCCGCUGCGAGCGCAGUGAAUGCAGUGAACGACUGCUUCAGCAUUGGAUCCACAGUCGUCUGCACGACCUGUUUCAACGAGGAGGUGGAGGGCGAGGUGCUGGCCUUCGAUCACAACACAAAGAUGCUUAUCCUGAAAUGCCGAUCCAAGUCCACGGAGGAACUGAGUGAUAUCUACGCGCUGAACCUCUCGCUCUGCAGCAAUGUGCAGGUGGUCAAGGAGUGCAACGGCAACUUUGAUGAUCCGCAAAAGCUGAAUCUGGAACAGGUCAAAAUGCGCCUGCGGAAAACAGUAGAGCGAAGACAGGACUACUUGAAGUCCAAGAAUGCUGAUGUGAGUCCAGAGGCACAGGAGCUCUAUAGAGCGAUAGCCAAACAAUACGGGUACAAUGAAGUCUCUUGGCAAGGACUUAACAUACAAAUCCUAAAUGAAGUCACCAUCUCGCCGCCGUACCGAGUGGACAACGUGGUGUCCAGCUCGAACAACGAAACUUCAUGCAACUACAUCAAGCGCAUCAUCAAACAGUUCUUCAACACGAGGCCAUCGCCCGUCCCAGAAAGUGGAGCUGCGGCCAGCACCUCGUCACCAUCGGUGUCCCCCACGUCCUCAUCUCUUGCAUCUGGAUCGCCGGUUCCCGCAAACUAAUAAUAAAAAGAAAAAACACAAACAAAACAAAACACAAAAACAAAAAAACAGAAAUGUGCUUCAAAAAAGGACAAACCGUUUUUUUUAAUCUAUCAGUGGGCAGAUAAAAUACAUUU